GGCGCGCCAUGAAGCUGCCGCGGCGCGCGUGGCGGCACCGGACGACGCUGGGCCUGAGCGGCCUGGCGCUGUGCGGCGCCGCGCUGCUCUACCUGGCGCGCUGUACGGCCGACGCCCCCCGCGCGCCGCCCGGCCGCGGCCCCGGGCCCCCGCGCGCCGCCCCCGCGCGCGCCGCCGCCUUCCUGGCCGUGCUGGUGGCCAGCGCGCCGCGGGCGGCCGAGCGGCGCAGCGUGGUCCGCGGCACGUGGCUGGCGGCGGCGCGGCGGGGCGGCCCGGGGGACGUGUGGGCGCGCUUCGCGGUGGGCACGGGCGGCCUGGGGGCCGAGGAGCGGCGCGCCCUGGAGCGCGAGCAGGCGCGGCACGGGGACCUGCUGCUGCUGCCCGCGCUGCGCGACGCCUACGAGAACCUCACCGCCAAGGUGCUGGCCAUGCUGGCCUGGCUCGACGAGCACGUGGCCUUCGAGUUCGUGCUCAAGGCGGACGACGACUCGUUCGCGCGGCUGGACGCGCUGCUGGCCGACCUGCGCGCCCGCGACCCCGCGCGCCGCCGCCGCCUCUACUGGGGCUUCUUCUCGGGCCGCGGCCGCGUCAAGCCCGGGGGCCGCUGGCGCGAGGCCGCCUGGCAGCUCUGCGACUACUACCUGCCCUACGCGCUGGGGGGCGGCUACGUGCUCUCCGCCGACCUGGUGCGCUACCUGCGCCUCAGCCGCGAGUACCUGCGCGCCUGGCAGAGCGAGGACGUGUCGAUGGGCGCCUGGCUGGCGCCCGUGGACGUGCAGCGCGAGCACGACCCGCGCUUCGACACCGAGUACAAGUCCCGCGGCUGCAGCAACCAGUACCUGGUGACCCACAAGCAGAGCCUGGAGGACAUGCUGGAGAAGCACCAGACGCUGACGCGCGAGGGCCGCCUGUGCAAACAGGAGGUGCAGCUGCGCCUCUCCUACGUCUACGACUGGUCUGCGCCGCCCUCCCAGUGCUGCCAGAGGAAGGAGGGCAUCCCCUGAGCGCUGCGGCCACUGUGGUGGGGGCGCCAGCACAGACACCCCAGGAGCCCUUUGGGAACCCCUCACACACACACACCGGUCUUACACUGGGAGCGAACAGACUGGCUGGUUGUCUGCGACGAGUCCAGCACUCGAGGGGGACCUGGUUUUUCCAGUGAUCGGUGGGGCUUUAGUGCUAAUGCCAUGCAGCGGCGGACAACCAGGCCCCAGCUCCAGUCUGCACCCAGGGGUGCGCACAUCGGUGGCCGUAUCUACAGUAUAGCGCAAGAGCAUCUUGUUCUGUGUCCAGGAGACCCUGGGGCGUGCCAGGGCAAUGCAUCAUGUCCAGGUAGAAGGGUCCUACCCCUGGAUUUCAGCCGGCAUCCACCUGGGCUGGGAAGAUGCCCAGAUUUGGGUGUGAGUCAGAAAGAACCUCCCCAGUCUUAGGGGCUUGCAGCAGCACCCCCACCCCCUGCUGGUCCUCCUGCUGUCUGUCUCAAGUCAGGGACAAAGAGCUGAAGGCUGGAGCUGACCUGAACUUGCAGAACCUGACCCCAAACACAGAUCUGACUUGUUCUGGGUGGGGACUACAUCGUGUCCUGCAUCCACCGUUUUGACCAUCCACUUAGAAGUCACCUGCACCGAGAGCUGUGACCACUGCAAACUGAGCGCAGGCCCUGACCAGGGGCAAGCCAGUGGCCUUUAUGAGAACUGCUGCUGUUUUGUGCGGUCAGGUUACCUCCUUCGUGGCUUCUGUUGGCGUCAUUUGUGCGUAACUCCGAGAUCAAAGUUCGUUUUACAUCCAUUAGUUUUGGUCUCUGUGUCUCCGUAGAGUGAAUUUGUGGUACGUGCUAUUCAGCGUCUGUCUGCAAUUUAUAAAUAUUGUAAAUUUGUGUAGAUAAGAGCUUCAGUUGGGAGUGUGUGGGUCUCGGUAUUAUUUUAAGUCAUUUGAGAAGGUUUUUCUAUCAGAACUUGGGACUCGUGGAUUAAUCUGUUUUUACAGCGUGAACUGUAGACCCGUUACUGCAUGGGUGUUUAAACACGGAAGAAUU